UACGUGAUUCUUUUAUCUAAAUAAAAAUAAUUGUUGAUAUGAUUUUGCGGGAUUUGCAAAAGCCAGUGUGUAGCUGGCUGUGGAUCACAACAAAUCAAAGGCGAGAACAAUGAAGUGGCAAGGUAUUUUAUUCGCUUGCUUGUGUCUUUUGACUUACGCUGAAUGUAGAUGGAAACACGAGAAACAUGGAUACAGGGACAACGCAAAUGAGAUGACUACGAAGCCCAACCACAGACCGGAUCCCCCUGACCAUACAAAGUUGAUACCCAUGGCAAGAUAUGUGUUGCACAAUGCAGACUGGGCGUCGCUAGCAACAAUUUCAAUUCUGCCAGCUAUCGAAGGAUUCCCGUUUUCGAACGUCAAGUCUAUUGUGGACGGUUCCAUGGCGAACUCGACUGGUGUGCCUUAUUUCUAUAUGUCGCCUUUGGACUUCAGUGCGCGGGAUUUAACGAAAAACAGUCGUGCCACAGUCCUCGUUUCUCUGGAAGAGACGCGUUACUGCGAGACCCAUCAGAUGGACCCUGAGGACCCGCGGUGCACGAGGCUCAUGCUCUCAGGGAAGAUGAAGAAGCUAAAGGUGAACACACCGGAGUACAAUUUCGCGAAGGCUGCGUUGUUUGAGAGGCAUCCUGCUAUGGCUGACUUUCCCCCAGAUCACGAUUGGUUCGUCGCCAAGUUGAAGAUCGCUCUAAUCGCAAUGGUUGACUGGUACGGCGGUGCUAAAUACAUCCCUGUGCGCGACUACCUAGCAUACAACUACACUGGAACAGAAAUGCUACAGUACCACAACAAAAAUAAUUUGCAGAGAACCGUUCUACCUUAAAUACUACUUUUAAGGGAACUUAGACACUAACGUAUUCAAAAACGGCUCUACGAUAGAUGUCUUGUUAAUUUUUUUUUUGUCAAGAGGAGUGACAAAGCCAGCUUAACUUUGUAUUGACUUUUGCCUUUUGAAUAAGUGUGUGAGAGUAAAAAAUUAAAAUUAAUAUAGGUGAAACCUAGCAUGGUAAGGAUAUAGGGAACUUAAACUUUUAAUGUCAAACCUUUUUAGUCACAAACAAGUUUAUUUUUAGUCAGCAAGACUAACGACUACCUUUUAAUGAGUUAAUAAUAAGGAUAAAUGUUCUACCUGUGAUAAAAAGAACAAAAUAAUUUUAUCGACGCAUGUUUUAUACCAGACAUUGUAAUUACUAUUGCAAUAAAAACCAAACAGUAACA